CACCUCGUAAAAAAAAUUAUCUCAAGUUCUUCAUUUCUUCUUGAACCUAAUAAUUAAAUUAUAAUUAUUUGAAACUAUAAAGUAAAAUUAACAGAUUAUUAUUAUAAUGGCAUAUAUUCCGCACUGGUAUAUUUCGCACACUCGGCGUGUACAAAUAUUAUAUAAGAAAUAUUUAAGAGACAUCGAGGACUGGACUCUAGAUCGUGCCGAAAAACGUAUUCAACAAGUCUUGCUUCGAGCGGAAUUUGACAAAAAUCGCGACAUCAAAGAUCCCAUCAAAGCAAAAAGAGCUCUUGAAGCAGCCGAAACGUAUUACGAAUAUGUCAGACACGCCGAACCUUUCAAAUUUCCUACAUCGUUCGGUGGAACUGCUUGGGAACGUGAUGAGAUGAAAUUCCCUCACGACGGAAUUUUAGAUUAUUGGCAUCCUUUGGAAAAAGCUCAAUAUCCGGAUUAUUUCGCUAAACGAGAACAAAGGAAAAAAGAAUUCGUCGAAUGGUACGACAAAAAGUAUGGCAGGCCAGCAGCUCACGAAUACUGAGUAUUUCUUAGUUCAACUUUGAAUAUGUAUAUAAUCGAAGAAUGUUUUUCUCUGUUAUCGAUGCUUUUUUCCAAAAAAUAGUGUCUUUUUUAUUGUAAAUCUCGUAAAUAAAUAGUCAUUUAACGAAA